AUGCCAUCAUCACGCCAUCCCUCAUCUCCCCAUCCCUCACCUCUCCAUCCCUCAUCUCCCCAUCCCUCACCUCCCCGUCCAUCACUUCUCUGGUCUUCCUCUCCCUCUCCCCUCUCCUCUCAUUCCUUACCCUGCUCUCUCUCCUCUCCCUCCUCCCUUUCCACUCGCCGCACCACUCCCGCCGUGCUUCUCCCUCCCCCCAUUCCACCUCGCCCCAUUUCGCCCCACCCCAUUCUGCCCCAUCCCAUUCCGCCUCACCCCAUUCCGCCUCCCCCCAUUCCGCCCCACCCCAUUCCGCGCAAACCCCGCUUGUCGCGCACCCUACUUCCCUCCGUCCCCCUUGUCCCCUCCUCACUUUAUCUCCUCCACCUCCCCAUCCCUCCUCUCCCCAUCCCUCCUCUCCCUAUCCGUCCUCUCCCCAUCCGUCCUCUCCCCAUCCGUCCUCUCCCCAUCCGUCCUCUCCCCAUCCGUCCUCUCCCAUUCCGUGUUUCCCACACUGUCCUCGGCCUUGUGUGCAGCCGGGAGCUGCUUGGGGCGCUGUGGGCGGAUGGCGGCGGGCAGAGUCGCGCAGCAGAGGCCUACGUGGUGCUGCAGGGAUCCCUUCCCCCUGUCCUCCCGACCCCUCUUCCUCCCUUCAUCACUCCCUCCCUUCCUGCAUUCCCCCCUUCCGCCCCCCCUCACAUCCUUCAUCACUCCCUCCCUUCUUGCUUCCGCCCGCCCGCGCUCACUCUCUUCCCAUUGCCCGCCCCCAUUCCCUCCCGUCACCCACACUACCGGUACGUCCCAGAGGCCCAGACGCCCUGCAUGGACGUGCCACCUCCGCUUGCUCCUGUUUUCAGCAUCUCUAAGGCCCAGAGGCUUGUGCUUGUCUUGUAUCCUAGACUGGAUGAGAGAGGGGAGGAAGGAAUGAGAGUGGGAAGGGAUGAGAGUGGGGGGGACGGGAUGAGGAGGAGGAGAGGGGGAAGAGAGGGGGAGAGGGGGAAGAGAGGAGGACAGUGGGAAGAGAGGAGGACAGGGGGAAGAGAGGAGGACAAGGGGAAGGGAGGAGGACAGGGGGAAGAGAGGAAGACAGGGGGAAGAGAGGAGGACAGGGGGAAGAGAGGAGAGAGGGAAGAGAGGAAGAUAGGGGGAAGAGAGGAGGACAGGGGGAAGAGAGGAGAGGGGGAAGAGAGGAGAGGGGGAAGAGAGGAGGACAGUCAGGCUUGGCAAAGGCAGUAG